CUUUCUACAAGGAAUCAUAUUGCAUUCAGGAUGGCGUUACCAAGGCAUCUCAAGAACGGACUUUCGCCACUUGAAAUUGAAUUCCUUGCUGAGAAUGAGUUGAUUGAGAUCUCUGCUUCGAUCGAUACGAAACAGGACCUGGAGCUGCUCGGGAGCACAAUUGCUUCAUUGAAGCCGCUGCAAGUGAAUAAGGUGCCUCUUUGGAUGGCAAUCACACUGAAAAAGAAGCAGAAAUGCAGCAUUGUUGUACCAAAUUGGAUGACUGUUGAGUCAUUGCAGCGAUCACUUAAAGAGGAACAGGAACAGGAUCGCUUCAGUGCUCUGCCAUAUCACUACAUGGAAACAGCGCAAUUGCUGCUAGAAAAUGCAUGCGAUGACAUUCCAGCCGCAGAUACUGUCCGGACAUUAUUGAAGGAUCUCCGUGAGGCCAGACAAAGCAAAGCACGGCAGGGUGUUGCCGCACUGGACAUGACUUAUAUCCAGAUGGAUAAUAUAGGCCUCAUGGAGAUUAAUGAAAUCCGGCCAUUCUUUACCAAGGCGUUCUACGAAAUCCAGAAACUGAAGCCCGCGAGCAAUGCGGGCGAUCUUUACGGAGCCCCUGGUGGGUACCAUGGAUUUGAUGGAGCAGCGUCUGUUGGAAGUUCUGUACCAGAAUCGUCUAGAUUCAAUGCUACUCAGGGCUCACGGAACUGAUAUUAAUGAACAUGGCAUAAACAGCGUAUCGCGUAUGUUGCCGCGACAUUUUUCAAAGGCAUGAAGUGACUUAUCGAACUGGUGCUUGAGGGCAUUUGCGUUUCGUCCCAUAGAACCGUAUCAUUCAAUGGUGCGACUCAUUCUCAUUCCCAACCAUCCCUACAUUUUUGGACCUUAUAUCCAUGGGAGGGCCGUCCUUGUUUAUUGGGUAGUCAUUGUUUUCGCUUGCCACGAUCAUACUUCAUUGACAGGUCUGAAGAUCAAAC